CAUACAACGACACCAAGCGACAACAUGACCAAACGUGUAUUUGAUCAAGUUGAAAUUUGUAAAGAAAACAUUUUUCAUAAAGAUGAUAAAGUUGAAAUUAAGCAAGCACAUUUUAUUGUAAAUGAUAAGCUAUUUGAAAUUCAAUAUAGAAAAGUUAACCAAGAAAAGAUAGAUGAUUUGCAUUUGGCGGUUCUAAAAUCAUUAGAUAAAGGCAAGAUAUCUCAUGAAGCUUAUCGAUCAUUAGCAUGUAUUAAUUAA